CAAUUAGCGCUGUUUUUUGGACGCCCGGGCGCCUUGCGCCAAGCCCUGAGGCCCGCAAUCGUCGGGGCACGGCUGGGCUCGGGCGCGCGCGUGCCCGUCGGGCGGGGGGGGGCGGCGGCAGAGCCGCGCAGCAGCCGCGCAGCAGCCGCGCAGCAGCGGCGCAGCAGCGGCGCAGCCGCGGCGCAGCCGCGCUUGGCGUGCCGCGGAAGCCAUGCAGCUCAGCAUCGGGGUGAGAACCCUGUCUGGCCCCGACAAGAUAUGGAUCGACUGCCACUCUGACGACACGGUCGAGCAGUUCCAGGCAUUGUUGCAGCAGAGGCAGGGGACACCACCACAGGACCAGGUGCUCCUGUGCCGAGCCGCGGGCGGCGGCGAGAUGGUGCCCAGGACGUUCUUGCGCGACUACGGCUUCCAGGAGGAGGACGAGGUCCUCCUCGUGAGGAGCCUGCCCCAACGUCCAGCGGGCCCGCCCCCCGAGCUGCGCGUGCCGCCGCGCGGCAGGCGGCACAGCGGCAAGCGCCGGGGCGCGCCGCGGGGCGGCAAGGGCCGCCAGCCCGAGCGGG